AUGCUGGAGCGCACCGCUGGAUGUCUCGAACCAGCCAGCCUCUGGCGUCUGCUGCCAGCAUCCAAAAAGUCCUUGAGCCGUCGUCGCACGCUCCAUCCAGCGUUUUGGAACCAUGCAACAGGUGCUCUUGAGCUUUCCCCCUUAUGGGCCGCCUUGGUUACGAGUUCCGAUACACAACUAGAAGAGAUCGCACCGGAGCGGCGAGGUUCGGGUAGCAGCAGAGACAAGUUUUUAGGAAUUUUAUAUCCUCCGGGGACUACCAACUUCCUUCGACAUUAUCCAGGAUGGGUAUCGGAUAGGCAGGAUUGCAGGCGAAGGGCAAGACUUGCAAAACUGGGCCAACGAUCAUAUUCGUCGUCUGCCAAUGAUGCGUCUACUACUGUCGUUGUUGAACCGCCUGAAGAUGGCACCGAAGUACGUGGAAUUCAAGGAGAUAUUGUGGGAGAUGGAUUAUUACGCAACAAGCUAGGUCUUGACGAGCCAUACGACUGCGAUGAAGCAUGGCGGAAAUAUCUGUCACUUGACGAGACGUCCCAGAAGCUAGCACGGAACAUUAUGAUGGAGUACUUCUCGCUCUCGAGAAAAAAACGGGAAGCGGAGAGGAUAAUCGACUUGUUUAACGGAUUGGAUCUUGAAAACCGUGACGCUAGAGCAUAUCACUACGCAAUCCGCGCCCACUUGAAAUUACAAAACCAGGAAGGUGCCUGUCAGCUAUACGAAACCGUCCUCUCUAGCCUCCGUCUGCCUGUGGGAUCAGAUGAGCUUCUAGCUUACUUGAUGAAAUCGGCCUCUUGGGAAACUGCCCGCGAUAUAUGGUCCAGCGCCCGUCAGCUACUAAAGCAGUAUCCAAAUCGCCGUUUCAAAAUAUACGCGGUCCUCAAACAGCAGCCGAAUUACGGUGAUUUACUCUGCCAAUUAGCAGAACAUGCCAACAACACUAUGAAAGAUGCCGCUCAAGACGCCAACGAAGAUCCUCUAGGGGUUUUAAAUUUUGCCAAGGACUUGGUUGAAAGAGCCUUAAUGGGCGGCCAUUCAUUAAGCCCAACUACGCUCGAUACACUGUUAGGCUAUCUCCAUCAAUGGGAUGCUCUUUCGCCCAAAGCUCUCCAGCGAGCUGUUACCAAGCUUUUCGAACUAGACGCACUACCGCUUGCUGUCCAGUGGUAUCGGAAAUUGAACGGGGAAAAGGAUUUUAGUUUCACCCGCACCACGCUUCACACGCUUCUGAAAUUUUUCUGCGUUAAUCAGCAUACUCGAGGGAUGCAACAAGUUCUAGAUGACUUCUUCCGCUAUCACGGAAAGCCGUCUCUCCCCGCAUAUAAAAUGUGCAUGACUGAGUUUGCUUGCCAGGGCGACGUCGAGACAGUCCAUGGGCUUUUUGAUCAACUUAUAGAUCAUCAUACUAGCCAUGAACAUCCUUUGAAUGACCCCGACUAUAUUGCACCUAUUCUUCACGUUCACUCAAAGCGAGGCGAGAUAGCCAAAGUUAUCAAGACUUUUAAUGAGAUUACCGAGAAGCACAAUCUGCAACCCUCUAUUCUUUGCUGGAACAUUCUCAUCGGUGCAUACGGUAGAGUGCAUGAUGUUGACACCGCCUUUGCAACCUUCGAGUCGGUGCUCAGUUCGUCCGAUCUUGAACCCAAUGACCAUACUUUUGCCACUGUCAUGGGUAUCGCAGUAUCGCGCGGUGAUCUUGAACGUGUGGCUGAACUCCAUAAGCUUGCUGCAGAUCUUAACGUCAAAAAUAAUUAUGCCAUGGUCGACUGUGUCGUCCAGGCCCAUAUUCAGAAUAAUGAUCUUUCAACAGCUGAGAACGUGUGCGAGAAAGCUGCCACGUUGGACCUUGAUGGCUCUCCAACUCGGAUGUGGAAUUAUCUCAUUGUUGCUUACGCUCUGCGUCGUGAUCUGGAAAAUGCAAACCGGAUACGCCGCCGGAUGUCCGAGUUGCAGAUUAAAGAUGACCAAUAUACCUACGGGGCAAUAAUGCAAGCUCUGUCAAUGGUUGGUCAACCUGAUCAGGCUUAUAGGAUCCUAAAACAUAGUAUCCCAGAUGCAGGAUUCAAGGUUACCAAUUUUCACUAUGCUGUUCUGAUGGGGGGCUAUCUCGCCGUUGGAAAUGUUGCCAAAGUCUUCCGCCUAUAUGAUGAUUGUGUUGGCCGGAAUAUACCCCAAUCAGCGAGCACCAAUUUGCUGCUCAUGAAAGCCACAGUCAGGCCAAAUUCACAUUUAUUAGAGCACAACCCGGAAGGCGGGAUGUUUCAACGUGCAAUAGAUAUGUUUUUAAACAUGGGCACGCAAACUCCGCAAAUUUCCGAAGGCCCUGAGAAAGGGACCUCCUCCCUGCCUCUAGAUAUAGCAUACCCGGCUGCUCUUCAUAGUUAUUUGAUGUAUGUGGCCGCCCAGCAGGGCGAGUUGCAGACAGCUCGAGAUCUCUAUGAGCGCUAUAAACUUGUCGUUCCCGAGGAUCGACGGAAUGAUCCUCCGCUUCAAAUUAUUAGCGCGUUGAUGGCAACAAAGUGGCAGGAACGUGAUCUAGGAGGUGUUCAAGAAUGCUGGGAGCUGGCAUUAGCUCGUGCCCAGCAGGCGGCUGUGCAGCCCCGACAUCUUCCACGUUCGCUUUCACAAAGUGACAAUCUCGCCUCUGAAGAUUCAGGGAGGAUCCCAUACCAUCGGCAGCUUGAUCUAGCCAAGUGUGUUUCGUGGUACUUGCAAUCCCUCGGUCUCCAGGGUAAUGUUGAUCAAAUGGCUGUUACAAUCGACGAUCUCCUCAAGAUAGGAUUUGUCCUUGACAACCACAACUGGAACAUUUACGUCAAGGUUCUUUGUUCUAAGUCUAAGGCGAAGUUAGCCUUUCAAGUGUGCGAAGAUAGACUCAUGCCCGGGUUCACAGGCUGGUCACACAUACGGCGGCAGUUGCCUGUGCGAAACAGGCUACCUAUUGAAAUCCGUAGGCUUCGGAAAGAUCCACGUUAUUGUCGGCCAGCGCCCUCUACCAUAUUAGUACUAGCAGAUGUCUACCUCAUGAUCCAGGAUGCUGCUAUAGAGUCGCCGGCAAGUCAAUAUUUGCUUGAAGAGAUAAGACGUUCCUGCCCCAAAACCGUCUCAGCUAUGGAGACGAUGCCACGCACGAAUGACCCUAUGGAGCGAGAAAUAUUAGGCGAGCAAUGA